AUGGCAUCUAUUAGAAGAACAUUAUCUCCCGUGCCUCGACCAGGAACUUUAAUGAAUGGGGAAGCAUGUCAAGUUGCAUCUCCUUUGUCCAAGUCGUCUUCAAACGGUCAGAAUUACCCUUCGUCAGUGGGUUCGUUGGACAAUGCAUUGUACAAAGCCCAAUAUUUUGUACUUGUUGCAAACAGUCAGGGUGACGGUGGGCACAGAAAUGAGACAUCGGUGGUGGUAGUUGACAGAUUGUCCUUAAAUGAAAAUACAACAUUAGAGCCACAAAGGGAGAAUGUUGAACCAAUAGAUGGAAUUUCUGAUGACACUGUUUUGAGUAAUUUGAUCUAUGGAGGUUCAAAUUUGUGGCACCAUAAGCUUUUGAUCAUUGUGACACCAACAUAUGCUCGUCCACAUCAGGCAUACUAUAUGAAUCGUCUGGCGAACACAUUAAAACUGAUCCCGCAUCCUUCUCUGUGGAUUGUAGUGGAGAUGAAGUCUCAAUCGGUGGAAAUAGCGGACUUAUUGAGGAAAACAGGUGUCAUGUACAGGCAUCUCGUAUGCAGUAAGAACUCAAUUGGCAUAAAAGAAAGAGAUGUGCAGCUUAGAAACGUGGCCCUCUCACACAUUGAAACACACCGUCUCAAUGGAAUUGUUUACUUCGCAGAUGAUGAUAACAUAUACUCCGUUAAUCUCUUUAACCAAAUAAGACAAAUCAGGCAGUUUGGUACCUGGGUAGUGGCCAACAUAGAUGAAAGAGAAAAACAAGCUGCAUUUGAGGGUCCAAUUUGUAAUGGCUCACAAGUGAUAGGAUGGCAUGUGAAUGAUAUGACAAAAAAAUCUCGGAGAUUCCAUGCUGAGAUGUCUGGUUUUGCUUUUAAUAGUACUAUUAUUUGGGACCCAAAGAAAUGGAACCGGCCUACACUUGAACCAAUCAGGCACCUUGACACAGUCGAAGAAGGUUUCCAAGCAAGCACAUUUAUUGAGCAAGUUGUGGAAGACGAAAGCCAAAUGGAAUGCUUUCCUUCAGACUCGGAAACUAUUAUGGUCUGGCAUCGUAACAUGGACUUGUAUACCCAUCCUCAAAUACGGGCUGUAGAGAAUGGUUUGAGCAUUAUUGUUCCACUUGCAUGA